UGCUUGAGCCUCUCAGACUCAGUCUCUGACUCUAGCUGCAUUUUAGACAGUUAUUUCUGGUGUACUCGUGGCGACAUGAGCGGAAGAGUUGGAGACCUCAGCGUGAAACAAGCCGAAGCUUUGGCCCAGUUUCGAGAAAAGGUUCAGGAUAUUCUGCCACAGUGUCCAUCCCAGACUGACCAAUUUCUGCUCCGAUGGCUGAGAGCCAGGAACUUCAAUCUACAGAAAGCCGAGGCCAUGCUGCGCAAGCACGUGGAAUUUCGGAAAAACUUGAAAGUUGACACCAUCACUACAGAAUGGCAGGUGCCAGAGGUAAUAGAGAAGUAUCUGUCUGGUGGCAUGUGUGGCCAUGACCGUGAAGGGAGCCCGGUGUGGUAUGAUGUCGUCGGACCCAUGGACCCUAAGGGUUUGAUGCAUUCAGCGUCUAAGCAGGACUUAAUCAAGUCUAAAGUCAGAGACUGCGAGGUUCUGCAGAAAGAGUGCGACUUACAGUCCAAACGGUUGGGUAGGAACAUUGAGUCCAUUACUAUGGUCUAUGACUGUGACGGUCUGGGAAUGAAGCACUUAUAUAAGCCGGCUAUAGAGACUUAUGGAGAGAUUCUCACCAUGUUUGAAGACAACUAUCCAGAGGGACUCAAGAGGUUAUUUGUCAUUAAAGCUCCCAAACUGUUUCCUGUGGCUUACAAUCUGGUGAAACAUUUUUUGAGUGAGGACACUCGCCGUAAGGUCAUCGUACUGGGCUCAAACUGGAAGGAGUUGUUACAGAAAUACAUCGACCCCGAGGAGCUCCCAGUGUACUAUGGGGGCAAACUCACCGACCCUGAUGGUGACCCUAAAUGUAAGACCAUGAUUACGUAUGGAUCAGAGAUUCCCAGGACCUACUAUGUUCGAGACUCCAUUAAAGUGGACUAUGAUCAGUGUGUGACCAUUGGCCGUGGCUCAUCUCAUCAGGUGGAAUAUGAACUACUUGCCCCAAACUGUGCAUUAAGAUGGCAGUUCUCAUGUGAUGGUGCCGAUGUAGGUUUUGGUGUCUAUUUGAAGAAGAAGAUAGGAGAUUGGAUGAAGGCCAGUGAUAUGAAGGAAAUUGUGCCGAAUCAACGUUACAACGCUCACCUUGUUCCAGAGGACGGAUCGCUCACUUGCCCAGAACCAGGAGUGUAUGUACUGCGAUUUGACAACACGUACAGCAUCUUCCAGUCCAAAACAGUCAGCUUCACAGUGGAGGUCCUCCUACCUAGUCAGGUCAACCAAUCAGAGCGUUAGGAAUGAUCGCAGCAAGCAAGCCGCCACGCCAGUACAUUGAGAUUGUUUAGAAACCAUUGCUCUGAAUACAGUAUAUCUGUUGUAGUUAAUAAAAUACAAUAAUGAAGCUACUCUUGGGAAGAGGAGAGUGUGUAAUUGAACUGACCAAUCACGCAAUUCAAAUGGUGGGAUGAAAUUUGAGCUUUAGUGAUUUGUCCAUCAACGCAUCUGGAUCCUGACUUCAAUGCCAGUGUUAUUCUUUACAUUUGUUUCUCUAAGAUGCAGCUUUUAUCAAGUUGAUUUGCCAUAUAUUAACGAAGUGUUAUCAUUGAAUUUCUCAUUGAACUGUGGUUUAUCAAGUGUAAUAUCUCUUUAUAAUUGCCUUGUUGGUAUUUUAGCCCUUUUGAUAAUUAGUUUAGUUUAGAUAAUGAGUCACUUUAACACUUUUUUUUCUCCUCAGAAUUUAGAAAGAGGUUAAAUUAUUAUAUAUAUUUGUUUGUGUUAUUGAUGCACAAUCUGUGAUCCUUUUGAAAUAUAUUGUUUACAAAGAGCAUUUGGCUUGAUUCAGAGUAUGAUGUUGCUGUUUUUUUUUAAAUCUCUUUUUAUUAUAAUUUAACUUAUGAUUGCCUUUAAUUCUAAUUAAUGUUGUAAACUUUUGGUUAGUAAUGAGUUUUACCUCAGGUUCUUGUGUUUACAGUAACGUGUCUGUAUUUGAUUCCAGCAACAUGCGUCUGUUUUGUUCAUGUCUUUCUACGAUGACCACAUUGUAUUUUGUCUGAUUUGCAUGUCAUUCUAAUAUUAAUGAAAUUCAUGAGAUAUUGUAUUGAUUUUUGGUUAAUUUACUAAAUAAAUAUAUACAAAACAAUAGCAAACACAUUUUUUUUCUUUUCUUUCUGACCUUUAUUUAUGCAUACUUUUAAAGGAGUGUCUAACAUAACAAGUUCCCAUGUACACACUAAAUCUAAUUAAAAUUGUUUGGAAUAAAGAACA